GAGAAGUUUGUUCUUACGCUGGUUCCUUUUUCCGUCCUUUUUUUUUUUGGUAGUAAUCUGGCGUAAUAAUUGGAGGAUUGAUUGUCAAUUAAGAAUGUCGAGUUCUUAUUGGUCAUCUUUUUGCCAACUAUUAUUGUUUGUAAGAUUGCUGGUUCUUGGUAUAUAUGACGUAAAAGCCGUAAGUUUUAAGUCUUCUUCUUUUCGUCAUAUCAUAUAUGGGAAUUAAUGUGAAUUUGAAUUUGGAAAUUUUAAAAAUGGUUUGUGAUAGCUUUAAGGAUGUCUUUAAAUCUGCUGAAAUGCAUUAGAAAAAAGCUGUUGUAUUUCUAAUAUUUAAAAUGCUAAUAUUUUGAAGGUCAUAUUUAGAACAUACCAAGGCCAGUGACAAACCUUACGCUCAACUAGGCUAAUUUGAUGGACUUCACAGCCCCAAAAAGAACAUUUAUUUUAAUAGCCAAUUUAUGCAUAUGUUCAAACAUCCUCUAAGAGAAGUAUGUAUGGCAUUGUUGUGUAUUUGGUUCUUGAUAUGGGGUCAACCCUAUGUGAGGUAGAGGGCCAGAGGCUAUGGUGGACCAAAAGAUAUAUUUAUUAAUGUCUAAGUAACAUGGAGCUAAGUUGUUAUUUCUCAUUCGCGUCUAUAUUCCAGUUGUUUUUAUGCAUAUAAGAAUGUAAAGUUUGUGAAAAUGAGAAAUAUGAAGAUGUAUUAGAGGGUGUGGAUAACCCCAGGGACAAUUUGGUGCUACUCUAGCAGUCGCUAUGCAACAAAACAUGAGUUAACUUGAAGUUGUCUUUUUACUUGAUUCUCAAACGGGAUGAAGUGAGAUUUGUUUGCAGAAAAUCUUCCAUGAAGUCCUAUAGACAACAAAAGAGAAAGAUAACCGAGAUUACUAGAAAGCAAGAUGAACUCAUGGGUGUUUCUGUAAAGAAAUCUGCAACUGGACCUGCUUGGGGCCAUCCCAAAACUACAGAAAGUAUAACGAAGCCUCAUUUGGAGCCUCGAAUUCAAUUGCAGGUUCCAUCUGCAAAGAUUAAACUGCAGCUUUUCCCAAUAAAUGAACAGACUCGCCUGGGAUUAGAGAAGGAUGGUUACAAUCCAUUUCUGGAACUCACUCUAAGUGCUCGGAAGAGGAUCUCAUCAGUGGCUAGGCACCUGAAUACCAAAUGGGGAAGUUCAAGUGUGGCAAUCGGACAGCUUGUGCUUUUCCCCUAUAAUAUAAAGUUGGAACAAGUAGCUUCAUGCAGAAGAUGGACUUCAAAUGAUAAUGCCAUUACUGCAUGGGAGGUGUAUGUUGAUGUGGGCAGACCUUCCUUUUUCCGCCUAAGGUAUGCUUGGUACUCCAAUCUUCAGCAUGAGAUCUUUCACAUACCUCCUAAAGCUAGUCUUCUCGAGGCUCAUACAGAUUCUGAGGGCAGGAGGAGAGGCUGCAGCACAGUUUUGGAGAUAUCAAGUUAUCAAAAGGGAAAACUAGAUGUAUCCUGUGAAACCAUCCAACAGCUAACCAACGUGAAUGAAGCUUUGACUUCAGAUGUGAAUGAGCUGAAGCCCUUGGAUGGAUCUUAUGAUCUUCCGGAUGAUGCAAUGAUGAGAACUGAUGUUGAUCCGAUUUAUUCGACCGUACCUUGGGAUGAUAAUCUGACCAACUUGAGCAUUGGAGGCCUCCUAUCUGAAAUAUCAUUGCAGGGUAAAAUUAAUAAAUCAGAUCCAAACUCUGUAAACAAAUCUAGCAUGCAGCCAUUUGGGCAAAUAUCUGAUAUCAGUGGUGGUGGUCUGCUUUCUGAAGCAUCUUUGCUGCGUAAAAUGAGCAAUCCUAGCAUGAAACCAGAAAGUGAAACAUCCUUGCAACCUAUCUUCCUGGAGUCCAGUGACAUAAGCAUUGGAGGAUUAUUGUCUGAAGCAUCUCUACUUUCAAACAAGAACAAGUUGGCAGCACGAAUAGUGGAUGGAGGCUGUGUACAAACCCAGUCUCCAUGGGAUGAUAAUCUUACAACCUUAAGCAUUGGAGGCUUGUUGUCUGAGGUAUCCUUGCAGGGCAAGGCUGGUUAUAGCCCGGAAUUAAAUGAGAGUAAAUCAAGCUUGCAGCUUAAUGCGCAUUUAUUGGACUCCUAUGAUUCUCUUAUUUCUGCCCAACUAAAUGCAAAUUCACAAAUUCCAAAACCAUCAUGUAACGAGUCAAAUUUGUCUAUCUUGGAUGCUGAAGAGACAUGCCAUGCAUUUCCUAUCCAGAAACUUCAACCAAAAAGAGGUGUCACAAGUUCAAACGGAAUAGCUAGUUCUACAGGAUGCAGAAAUGGUACAAGCUCUAAACAAUUCCAGUUUCCUAAGGUUGCUAAGAUGAACAAUGAAACUGUAUUAACCAAGAAUUCUUCUUGUCAAGAAAUGAAGCUGAAUCCUUUGCGUUGUACUCGAGGAGCCUUUGAUGAAAAUAGUAGCCUUUGGCCUGUCAAGCAUCAAGAGGAUUGAAUAUUGUGGACCCUGAGAUCCUCAGCUACCUUCACAUCAUGCAAAUGGAGCUGGUGGAGACAAUUUUAGAGUGUCUAUGUGAGGUAGCUGUGUUUUAUGGUAAGCUACUCAAAUCAAGAGGAAAAGUGAUCAGCUUGGCAGUGAAACUUAUGUAAACCACAAACAUGAAGUUGGAGUGGGAGUAACUACAUCUCUAAUGCAAGUGCAACAGCUGUGGUCCUUACGCAACUGUCCCUGGUUGCAUUUUGAUAAAUAGUCUUGGCAAGACACAUCUUGGUUGAAUUAUACAAGAAAGCCUCAAAAUUGGAUCCUAUCUUAUGGUCCAAGCAGUUUGUUGUUUCUAUUUUAGAAUUUGUUCAGUGAAAGUCGAAUCUCAGAAAAUAUGAUUUUUUAGAAUAAGAGCAGCUUCUUAAAGGGAUAAUCUUUUCCUGAACUCUUUGUUAACAUCAUUGUAUUGCUUCCAGCCACUGAAAACGAAAGGCUGAAAAUCAUACUUGGAGAGGUUUCCAGCUGAACAUUUGUUUGACAUUUUCAGACUGUAUGCUACACCAAGUGUAUUAGAGGACAUAUGUGAUUGGAUUUUCUAAAUACUAGUUGAAUUAAGUACUAACUCAAUUAUUUACUGUUAUAAUGAAUUUGGUUCAGAUUUUGGGACAAAAAUGCAUUUCCUUUUCCACCCCUUGUAGGACUGCUACUUAGUUUUACUAAGUCAUUAAUUUGGUCAAAUGCUUGAUAUUGAUGGUAAGUUGUUAGAUGUGAACAUCAGCUCUUCUUGCCAUCCGUUUGAUUGAAUGCAAUGAUAAUAUUUCAUGGAAACAUGUAUGGAACUUGAUCAUGCUGCCUGAGAUGAACUUUAACGGAAGAAAGGAUUCAAGUCGCUAUUGAAGGUCCACUUCCAGCAGCAUCGAUAUCUCAGAAAUCUUGAUCUUGAAAGAUUUCAGAGAUGUCUGGCUUAGAAGAUAAUUACAUGGCAAUGUCAUCAAGUUGGCUACGAAAGUUCUGGUGAGUCAUUUUAGGCCACAUUAGUUGCACUAACAUCUUUGUCAAGAAAUGGCUGCAUACAAGUAAUGCCAUCCUUGACUAGUCAUAUAUGUAUAUUGUUAUUCCAUCAAUGAAAAUUCAUUUUGUUACCUUAAAAUAUGAGAGUUUUUCCUUUUCCUUCCUGCUUUAAUGACUAUCAUCACCAGUUAAAAUAAAACACGUGAAUUUGGCAUCACGAACUGGCAUGAUUUGGUUUAUUUCUGUGAGUCAUUCUAGUAGGAAGUUGUGUUUGCUGCAGGUCCAUCUCCAACACUGCUCUCAAAGAUCUUGAUUUUGAAUUGAUUCUACAGCUUUUGCCAAUGAAUUUUAGAUUCAAACUGCAUCAGCUUCUCUGAGUUGAACUUGGCAUGUCAAUUUGUGUUGGUCGAAACUCACAAAUACAGACUUUAUCACCUAUGUUCAAAAUCUAAGUUUUGGUUGCUGGGAAGAUGAGAAUUAAGCAUUUUAGGUCCCAUAUCAUUAGCUCAGGGAUUUAAGACUAAAUACAGCUAUGCAAUCCCAUCCCUCAGCUGAUAAUCAGUGUUCAAGAUCAUUCUUGAUUGGUGAUCUCUUCUUUCUCCGGAGCUAUUAAAAUGGUUUCUGCACUAGACCUCCUUAAUUGAAGAAUCACGAACCCCCCACCUAACCAGCACCCACACGCAGCUGCUGUAAGUGAUUAGAUAACUCUCAUAUUAAAGGCGAAGGUCGACAACUACAAGCUAGGAACUUACCUUUGUUAGCAGCUUUUCUACGAGCGUCACUCCUAUUAAAUUGCACAACUUCACCUCAUAUUCUAUUCGUAUGAUUUCUUUCUGAAAAUAUCCUCUGAUUUUGCUUGGCGUUUCUGUGGCUUUAGCAUAAACGGGUACAGCAAAAAAACAGGCUGCAGAGGUACAUAAAUCUCUUUUCUGAAAACUUUUAUUGUCAUGGGAGCCUUGACUUGAUUAGAAUCAAAGAGCAAACAAGAAAUCAAGAGAAAUAACCAAACCACAGUAAAGGCAAAAAGAACCAUAUAAUAUGUACACAAGCCCACUUCAAUCUCAUUAAACUACGUCUCAAAGUUCAUGAUCAAAUAUUACAAUUCUCACAAGGGAGAAAAGAAAAGAUCCCAACUUAAAAUUUUCAUAAUAUCACAGACUUGAUAUGUGCAGGAAGGAGCAGAAAGAGCUUCCUCGGGUGGCCCAAAGGGUAGGCCCACAACUUCUGUGUUGCCUUAUAUUAUUAGUUCAUGAAUCAUAGUAGUUGUCUGUGAAUUUGCUCUUGAUCCACUUUAAGCUGUUUCUGAACGAUGAUUUGAGCUUACCUUCCACGGCAUACAUGUUAUAGCCAGCCACCCUCUUCCUCCUCUUCACCUCAGGAUCGUCACCCGGCCCGUUGAAACUAUACGAUUUAGCACGAUCUUCGAAGUCAAACCGCGCCUCAGCAUAUGAAGAAGAGUAAUAAGGGAACGAUUUGCUCUUG